UCAGCAAAAGUGGUCGCAAAACAAGUUAAAAGUAAAACGCGUCCUCAAUUUGCCUAGUUGCAGGCUUUCAAGCGCCUGGUGCUGGUGAAAUUUUUAUUAGGAAAUAUUUAAAAAGUUAAGAAGUUGAAUAUUUACACUCCAAAAAAUGGAUGAUCGCACGAUUGACUCGAUUUUCGCGGGCUCGCUGGAGUCCCUUCCGCCAGUUAGUUCGAAAAUUGUGCGCAUUUUCACCAGUUCCACUUUCACAGAUACCACAAUGGAGCGCAAUACGCUGAUGGCCAAGUGUUAUCCACGUAUUAAGGACUAUUGUCGCGAAAAACAUGGACUGGAGUUUCAGGUAGUAGAUAUGCGAUGGGGUGUUCGUGACGAAGCCACCGAUGAUCACAUGACGACAGAAUUGUGUAUGCGCGAAAUUCAAAAUUGCCAACGUCUUUCGAUGGGUCCGAAUUUCAUUGUGUUUUUGGGUCAGAAAUAUGGUUACCGCCCUAUACCAACAUAUAUAGUGUCAUCAGAAUUGCAACUUAUCUGUGAGGAACUGACAUCAAUGGGUGUGGAUCGUGCCUUGCUCGAUUUGUGGUACAAAAAGGAUAGUAAUGCCGUGCCACCAAUGUCGGUACUGCAGCCCAUCUCAUCGAUUUUGAUUAACUUUAAUAACAAGCGCGUUCCCAAGUUACAGGCCGAGGAUCAAGCUGUUUGGUGGGAUACCCUUAAUAAAAUGCAAAAACUAUUACGAAAGGCUGCAGCUUCUUUGGGUGCCAGUGAAAAGAUGGACAAGGAGUGUGUCCAUAAUUAUUUUAUGUCCGUUACUGAGCGCGAAGUCAUUAAUGGCAUAUUGAACGUGAAGAAUACAAAAAAUCAUUGUCUGGCUUAUGUGCGCUACAUCAAUAAUAUAAAUUUGCAAAAUCUCAAGAAGGCAUCACUCUUUGUGGAUAUUAUAAAUCGCAGUUUGGACACAGAAUCGGCUAAAUUGCUAGGCGAUUUGCGUGAUGUGCGCUUACCGAACAAGAUUGAAUCGAGUAAUAUGCAAAAAUACACAGUCGAGUGGAUCGGUCGCGAGGGUUUGGACAUCGAAACGCAUGAAGAAUAUCUCAAUCAUUUCAUCUCACAUUUUUACAAAAAUAUUGUGAAAUUGGUGGAUCGCGCCAUGCGCAAAGAAGACUCCAGUGCACAGGGGCAGAUAGUGACUGAAAUCCUACAGCAUUUGCACGCUUGUAAUAAUUCGGUAAAGGUAUUUUAUGGACGUGAAGAUAAUUUAGAACAUAUCAAGCGCUAUAUGCUGGGGGAUUCAGAUAAACCACUUGUCCUUUAUGGCGAAGGAGGUUGUGGAAAGACAUCGAUGCUUGCGAAAAGUGCUUCGCUGGUGGCCGGUGAAUGGUUUGCCAGUCAGCGACCAAUUAAUGUUAUACGGUUCCUCGGCACCACACCCGAUUCAAGUGCUUUAACACCGACUCUAAUUUCGAUUUGUCAACAGAUCUCCUACAACUAUAUGCUACCGUUCGAGAAUAUACCCGACGAUUUGGUACCUUUAACGGCACAUUUUAAGCAAUUACUAACUUAUGCAAGCACGAACCAACCGCUAACGUUGUAUCUUGACUCAGUCGAUCAGCUAACAGGUACACAAGAUUCGAAUAAAGUGUCGUGGAUACCGACACGUUUACCACCACACUGUAAGAUCAUUAUUUCAUGCGCCAACGAAGAGUCCAAUCCGACCGUCUCGCAGGAGUAUUACGUGCUACGCAAAAUGAUCGAUAUCGAGGAGAAUUUCAUUGAAGUUACCGCGUUGGGAGAAGAUCUCGCUAUGAAUGUUAUAAAAAUGUGGAUGAAGACGGCUUGUCGUGAUUUGAAUAAUUAUCAGUGGCGUUUGGUUGCGAAUGCCAUAAGCAAAUGUUCCUUACCGAUCUUCGUGAAGCUGGUCUUUGCUGAGAUCUGUCGCUGGCGUAGCUACACCAAACCGCAAGAGACGCAUCUCGCCAAUACCGUUAUGGAUUCGAUUAUGAUGCUGUUCGAACGUAUAGAAAAACAGCAUGGUCGCAUUUUGGUUUUUCAUGCAUUGGCUUAUAUCACCGCCGCAAAGUCGGGUUUGUCGGAGAGCGAAUUGGAAGAUCUCAUUUCGUUGGAUGAUAAAGUGCUGGACGAUGUGUAUCAGUAUCAUAUGCCGCCAGUACGUCGUAUACCACCACUUUUGUGGACACGCAUACGUAAUGAUUUGCCGAAUUAUCUGAGCGAACGCGAAGCGGACGGUGUGAAUGUGAUGAACUGGUAUCAUAGGCAAUUCAGGGAUACCGCUAAGGAGCGCUACUUCAAGAACAUGAAUAUGGCGAUGUAUUUUCAUUCGAUGAUUGCUGAUUAUUAUCUGGGUAUUUGGGGUGGUGGUGUGCCGAAACCCUUUAGAUAUACGGAGAUACAAAGACAUCGUUUCGGUUUGACGGAGAAAGAGGGCUCGGCGGACAGAAAAGUGCCUAUACAACCAUUGGUCUUUACCAGCAAGGACGGUAGUUCAAAACGGUAUAAUUUGCGAAAGUUCGGCGAGCUACCUUUCCAUUUCGUACGCUCACGUCGCUUCAAGGAUCUCUUCGAACACGUGCUGUUCAAUUACGACUGGUUACAUGCCAAACUUUCAAGUUGCCCACUACAAGCUGUACUGGCUGAUUUCGAAGACGCUUCAGCGAAUACAGAUAAUAAAGAAGCAAAACGUGAGCUGAUGCUAGUGGCCGAUGCUCUGCGUCUUGGUGGCGCUAUUCUCGCAGUUUAUCCGAACAUGUUGGCGCCACAGUUGAUAGGACGUUUGUUGCCCGAAAUCGGUGGAAAUAAUAAUAUAAAAAUGCUGUUGCGUGCCUGCGAUCGCUCGGGACCGAAAGACUGCUCACUCAUACCGGUAAAUCAUUGUCUACACACGCCAGGUGGUCCACUGAAAUACUCCCUGGAGGGUCAUCAGUUUGCCGUUUUCGCUUUUUGUCUUACCAGCGAUCUUCGUUAUAUGGUUUCAAUCUCCACACAUUUCAUAACGUUCGAUCUCUCAACAUCGGAUCUUACACGUGAUGUGAAUCCCGGUAUUGAAGGUAUCAUGCAACAACUAGUACUGAGCCCAGACAAUAAAUGGGCUGCGGCGUACUCCAAUAACAAUCAGACCGUCUUGCUGAAUAUGCUGUCGAGCGAAUUCGUUGUCAUCGACAGUCCGUUUGAGGCAGAUGAUGGACCAGUCAGUGGUCUAUAUUUGCUAAAUCAGAGCCUCUUCUUAACUUGCAAGUUGCGUUGGUCUCAGUUUGACAUGCGUGGAAAUUUGGUUGGUGUAUAUGAUAUUCAAGGCGAUGUUGCCAAUUGGGAAAUUUUGAGUAUGGAAUUUCUACGUCCAACUGACUACAAUGUAAUUUUCUGGUCCGGUUCAAUUAAUGAGACACGGCUUCGCUUGGAUUCAUGUCGCAAUGAAGUCUUCUCUGAGCCGUUGUUGCUUUUCAGCGCUCUGGUGAUGAACAAAUGCGGUACUAAGAUUUACGCAUGCGCGAAUGAAGAGAAUUAUCAGGUUAGUGUCUUUCGUUACGAAGAAAGUGACUCUGCAAAGUACAUCGGCUGGAUACUGGAGGAGCAGUUGCCACGCUUUGAGAAUGACGAAAAGGAAAUGUUGUUGCAGCUGCGUUUGGAUCAAGAUGAUCGCAUGUUACUCGGCACUGCUGGCAAAGGUUUCGUUAUAUGGGACUUUGGCAAGGAUGGCGAACGUCUCAGCGAGGAUGCUAUGUACUUCGCGCUACCUCAUGGUGUGCGCAACAUCACAACACGCAUUAUGCAAUCCAAUUCGAUUAUGGUGAGCUCGAAAAUGGAUUAUGCUGUGGCGGGCGUACGUAAAAAUCUCUACGUCUGGUGUUUACACACACGCCAACUGGCAAAGGUGCUCGACGCACAUUUUGGGCGCAUUAUUCAGCUGGAAGCGCUCACUAUCGGCAAUUGGAAUAAUCUAGUGACGUCGUCCAUAGAUCGUUCGGUUAAAGUUUGGAAUAUAAAUAACAUUUUCGAGAAGGUGCAUGUGAUUGAUCGACAUGAACUACAGAUCGAUAAUAUCAGUUUAUCCGAAGUCGAUUUGGGCGUGACAGUUACGCGCAGCUGUGUUGGGGUUUGGGAUACACGUUCGGGACGACUGCUUGCCAAACUGGCCGAUAGUCCUUUGGGCGCCAUUGUCACACACGCUGAAAUUACACCCGACGGCCGUUAUAUUAUUUCUUCGGAGACUGGCAAGUUUCUAAUAUGGAAUCGCAUCUCUGAACAGGUGAUCUAUCGUGACGAUCAACCAGGUAUUCAGCAGAUAACGCUUAUGGAUUACGGUUAUAAAGUAUUAACGGUAUCAUGCCCGAAUAUCAAUAACAAAGCAGCAGCGGCGGCAGCUGAGGCAGCUGCUGCAGCUGGUGAGGAAACUAAUCGUCUAACGGCAAUAACAACUGUGCGUUCCGUGCCAGAGGGCAAUAUACUGUUCCGUUUUGAGUAUACAAUACGCAUGGUGCCUGGCUUGCCAUUUAGGCAAUCGGUCAUUUCGGCUGAUUUGGCUUAUGUAAUCGUUUGUACCGUGGAUAAGGCGAACAAGGAUUGUUUGGCGGUCUAUAGCGCUACUAACGGGACAUUUGUUUCGAAAAUUCUACUAAAGGGCUGUGCAAUUAAGGAGGUGAUUUCAUUAGUGCCAAUGCCACACAAGGCAAAUCAAGUGGCUGUUAUCAGCAGCGAAAAGGGUAGCAUAAUGGAUAUAAAAAGUAAGAAGCAUGUGCGUUCCAUACCCAAAUGGGGUGGUUCCAUAACAAAAGAUGGUAAAAGUGGACUCUAUGCGCCCACUAGAGGUGGCCUUGAGAUGCUCGAACUACGUAAGGGCACCACAGUCAAAACAUUCAUACCUAAAGUGGCCGAAGGUGUAUUCUCCGUAAUUUGUCUUUUCACCGAAAAUGAUGAAUAUGUUUGCUAUUAUCACAGUGGCCGCAAAACUAUACGCGUCUUCCGUUCGUCAGACACCGAAAUGAUCGCCAACUAUCGCUUACAAGCCGAGUUGACAGCGAUUAAAAGCAGCAAGGAUGGUCGGUGCAUUGUGUUGGGCACUGUGGAUGGCUGUAUGUCCGUGCUGGCCAUUGUCGAUCCACAAAAAGAGGAAAUGUUCGAGUAUUUGAACCAAUUGCCGUCGCGCGAUGAAAACUGGAAGGCCAAAUUGGCUAAGCAAAAGGCGCGUGUCGGCUUCAAGGCAGCCAUACGUGUGGCAACGAUUUCAUCGCGUUUCGAUAAAAGCAAUAAAAACGCUCAAGGCGCCGAUGGCGAAGCAGGUGAAUUGGAUGAAGAGGGUAAUCCUGUGGAGAUUGCAGCUGGGGAGUAGUUUAAAGGAGGUUUUGCUUUCGUCGUAGUAUUACUAGAAAACAUACAUACUUAUUUACAUAUACAUAUACAUAUACAUAUAUUACAUAGCGUUAGCUGCUUUAAACGCUUUAUAGGCAAUAUACAAGGAAUGUACAAAGUGGUUUUGUUAAAGCUGAAGUGAUAUUAUUUAUCGAAAAAAGAAAGUUGAAAAAAUAUACAAAUAUAAGUAAAUAAAAAGCUUGCUAUGAAUUA